AUGGAAUCUGUUUUUCUCAAAUCCAUGGUAGUCCACAACCACACAUUACAGCAGCAAUUUCCUUUGGUGUCCAUGGAUUUGUCAUGGUUGACAGAGUUUCUUAAAGGCAUGGUGAAACCGGUCUGCGCCACAGCAGUGGUGUUUCUUGCAGUAGCCUUGUCCUUCUCGCAGAAACUCGGUCUCGAGGUGGAAAUGAUUAUUGCUGUUCUUAGAGCUUUUCUUCAACUCUCAAUAAUUGGUUUUGUUCUGCAAUUCAUCUUCAACCAGGAAAACUCCGGAUGGAUCCUCCUAGCAUACCUUUUCAUGGUAUCUAUUGCCGGUUAUACAGCGGGUCAGCGCGCGAAACAAGUACCUCGAGGAAAAUAUGUUGCAGGAGCUUCAAUUCUAACAGGAACUGCCAUAACCAUGUUUGUUCUAGUGGCACUCAGCGUCUUCCCUUUCACUCCCAGAUAUAUAAUCCCGGUCGCCGGGAUGAUGGUUGGAAAUUCCAUGACAGUAACCGGAGUUACCAUGAAAAGACUCCGCGAUGACAUAAAAACACAAAUCAAUUUGGUUGAGACGGCGUUGGCUCUUGGUGCAACCCCAAGACAAGCAACACAUCAACAAGUGAAAAGGGCAUUGAUUAUAGCACUUUCUCCAGUGGUGGACAGCACAAAAACAGUGGGGUUAAUCUCUCUUCCAGGGGCUAUGACUGGUCUUAUAAUGGGAGGGGCUUCACCGUUGGAAGCCAUUCAGUUACAGAUUGUGGUGAUGAAUAUGAUGAUUGGAGCUGCAACUAUUAGUAGUAUAAUGGCUACAUAUUUAUGCUGGCCUGCAUUUUUUACCAAGGCCUAUCAAUUGGAAACCAAAGUUUUUUCAACUUGA